AUGCAGGUUUCGGAUUAUGGUACGCCGAAAUGUCUCCGCCAAAGUCCUUCUAGGAACACUAGACCUUCAGAGCCCAUGAGUCCCGAAUCCACUCAAGUUCAAAUGGUGAAUUCUUCCAAUCGUCAAUUCGUACCCGGUUUUCUAAUGGGUGAUUUACGCUCAUCCCCACAAAAUGGAUAUGUGUCUCCACUAUUAAAAUCUCCCAACCAGACAUCAACUAUUAAUCAUCCGACGAAAACCGUUCAGGCUCGAUUGUCAGGGAUUAAAUCUCCGACUUUUGAGCGGAGCGGUAGAAGACAUGCUUCUCCACCUACACAGAGCCUCUGGUCUUCUGCCAAUCAAAGAAAGAAUUUCGAAGUAGAAAAUAUGGCAUCAGAGAGCGGAGGUUCUGUCCAACACAACCUGAAUAUUAGUAACAACUUUCUUACUCCAAGUCGUCCAGAUGUCGCAAGUCUAAAAUACUCAUCUCCAUUUCAAUCUCCUAUCCAAAUGAAUUCUUUGGAUGUUUCUCGGAGAGAUGGUGAUGAUGAAACUGCUACUUGGGUGACUGUCUUUGGGUAUGACCAAGCACAAGCAAAUUCUGUUCUUCAGCACUUCUCGCAUAUUGGAACCAUCGAAAAAUAUGUUAUUACAAACGGUGGGAAUUGGAUGAAUAUCAAAUACGCUAAUAAAAUUCAAGCUCGUUGUGCUCUUAAUCGUAAUGGUCGGGUUCUUGAUGGAAAAAUUAUGAUUGGUGUUCGAAAGUGUACAGAUUUGAGUGCUCUAAACAGCGUUGAUGCCGUUUCUACAGUCAAUCAAGACAUAAUGACCGAUAGAAGCGAUUCAAGUGAUUCUCGAGAGUCUCUUAUUAGUGGUAACAAAAAUGGGGUCUUCUCUAAACCUUCAGAGCCUAUUUUGCCAGCCCCAAAGUUAGGGUCUCCCUUAGUAAGAGGGGGUGUGCGGAAUGGAGUUGUCAAGAUGGAAUCUUCUGAAGGCUUUAAUCAGAGUUUCUGUGGUCGCGGGGAUAGUGUUAGUGGUCCUAUUAGAAACGGUUCGAGUGGAUUAUCUCGUCACAGCUCUAUGCGACCAUUGGCUGCUCCAUAUCAACCACCACCAAGGUGUCAAGUCACCAGAGCCAAUCAGUUCCAGACGUUCAAGAUUGAUUUUCUUAUCCCAGAGUUAUUUAAAGAUAAUAAGCAGACAAACCCAGAGAGACCAAUUCGUCGUUACAGAAGACUUUCUAAUGUAGUCAACAGUACUAUUCGAGCUAUACGCCAACAGAGUGAAGAAAACAGAAAGCAAAGUCAACAAAUACACCUUGAAAUAGAAACCAGAAAUCGAGUUAAAACUCUAUUAGCAUCGGCUAAGAAUGGAUCAUUUGGAACUGAUGAACCAGUCCUUUCGCAAAAGAAAUCUAAAAAAUUGGAAAAUUUGUCCAAAGAAUUGUUUGAUACGGAGAAACGAUAUCUAGAAUCAUUGCGUAUUUUGAAGGAGGCUAGCGACAGAGUUCAAACUAUUGAAUCAGAUCACAAAGAUGCACUUCGAGAUGUGUUCAAAGAAAUUCCAUCUCUGCAUAUGCUCCAUGGUAUUAUCGAUUCGCGGUUCUAUAAAACUCCUGAUAAAGAACCAAACCUUGCAUGGUUCAUUCAGAUUUUUACCUCGGCGGAAAUAUCCCCAUUUAUGAACAUUUAUAGAACCUUUCUUUCUCGGGUCGGAGUAAAAUAUGAAACACUGCAAUAUAUUUAUGAAAAGGAUAAAUUAUUUCAACAAUUCUGCCAAUCUUUAGUGCUGACAAGUCAGUUUUCUGAACAACAUACGCAAAGUAUCCCAGGGAUGUAUAUUGGCAUCCAGAGUCGUCUGAUGCGUUACCAGUUGCUGCUUCAAAAGAUAUCGGAUCUUUUGCUUGAUGAAAUUAAUAAAGAGCGUUGUGAUUGCGCCUUGAAAAUAACCAUCAACGUACUCAAAUCAUCGGAGGAGGAAGUUUCGAAAAAUGAAAUGAUAAGCAAAGCCAUUCUAAUAAACUCUAAACUUGAAGGACGCAAGAAUAAGAGCGACAAACUCUCUCUUUUUAUACGAUCUGGGCCAUGUCUUAAGAUUCCCCGCCGAUCUGUCAAUCACAAACCCCUAAACCGGCAUCUUUUUCUCUUUUCCGACUAUCUCAUAUUGACAGAUCCAGAAGUUCUUGCUACUAGUCACUACAUGGUCAAAUCUGAAUUGACAAUUGUCAGCAUGAUUGUAAAGCAUUAA